CCGGUCUCUCUACUCUUAUCUUUUUCUGACUGUCUGCCUGCCUAGCUGCCUGCUCAAUGAAAAAGAUUUUCAAUCAGUGUUUCUUAGAGUUUGUACAGAUCGAUCGACUCAACCGCUGCCGUCGAAUAUCCGGAAUCACAUUGUCGGAAUCACUCACCCACAAAGGUACGACCAUGAAGGAGCAGGAUCUUCUCCGCCGACUAGAGAAAUUCCCCGGCGAGAACCCAGACAUCGGCGUCGACUGCGAGCUAAGGCUUGGAUUCUCUAGCUCUCAACCCAACCCACCUCCAGAAAACUGCCGGAGAUUCAUUUGUGACGCUCUUCCACCUCCUCCGCAGGUAAUGACGAGCUACGCAAAAGGGCCUCCACCUACUGCUGCAGUGAAUGUGAAUGGAUACUGGGCCACAAAUGGCCCAAACCAGAUUGACUGGAUACCAAGCUUAGUGGGCCCAAGAAAUUAUUUACUGAGUUCGUCAUCGUCAGGCCCAAACGUCAUCAAUGCUAGUGUGGGAAUGGGCCUGCUGCCAAUGCAACGUCUCAAUAACGUUGCACUCAUGGGCUAUGGCUUUCACAUGAUAGCAGAAGCAAAUCGUCGUGGUGAUCCAAUAAAGCGCUGCGCCGGGUGUGAAACCACAAAUACCCCACUGUGGCGCAAUGGACCCAAGGGCUUUAAGUCGCUGUGCAAUGCUUGCGGCCUCCGGUACAAGAAGGAAGAGAAGAAGAUUUUGGGAAGCCCAGACACCCAUUCAAAAUCUAGAGGAAGGAAACUUUCUAGGAAACACAACUUCUAAGUGCACAUUGAUCAUCUGCUUCUGCCAGCAAUCUCUUUUUCUUCUCAUCUGUUUCUCUUAUUUGCUUUUCGGGAUUUUUUGCUUCCAUUUGACAAGGGUGGUUAAUGGUUAUUUACACUUUGUUGCUGGUUCCUUAAUGAAUUAAGUUUCUCUCUCUCUUUCUCUCUCUCUCUCUCCUUCUGUAGAAUUUUGAUAUGAAAAAAAAAAAAAAAAAAAACUCAAAUACAAUGAGGUAACAGGAGACAGUUAAAGAGAAAAGAAGUAGCAAAACAAAAUGAGAAGAUCAUGUUAAUCCUUGGAGAAUCUGAAACUUUCCCACUAUAAUUCAGCAGACAAACAGCCAGGAAGGAGGAUAGGAGAAUCCGCUUUCAAAGGAUUGGAAACCUUUAUUUGCCAAAAGAUGAGACACUACUCCAUUUU